GAUUUAGUGACUCACACAUGUUGCACACUCUUCCUGUCUGUGAGCCUUCUCUCAAGCAAAAAAAUAAAUACAGAAGGACCUAUGGCUGCUACACCGGAUGACUGGACACACGAUGAUGAGGAAUGAGCCUUCAGGAUGGGAAUAUUGUUCCCUAAUCCCAUGUGGGAAGACUUUACCUGGACGAUAUGCUGCGUGAGAGAAGCUGUGCCGUAAACAAACUUGUGCACAGCAGAGUGAGGUGGGUUAAUGUGGUGUGAAUGGGACAGGAGAGUUGGACUCAAAUGUACAGCUCAGGGAUGAACAGCACCCCAGCGAUGCCACCUCUGUCUCCAGGGCUGAGUGGCACCCCACCGCUCUCCUCGUCGUCACCCAAGAAGACCAACUUUCAGUCUUUAGGAUCUCUGUCAUCAGGGAUGUUCUCCCCCUCGCUGGCUAAGGGCUCCUCUAAUCAGGCCAGGGAGGCCUCAAGCCCCUUGAACUCGUCCACCCCGUCCAUUAUGAGCUCUCCAAAACUUUGGCAGAAAGCAUCCAUCUCCAGACUUGCUGAGGAGUUCUUCUGGAUUGGGGGCAGUGUGGUGGCACAGCCAAAAUGGAGACUGGGUCAGAUAGUGGAGAGGUGUAUGUGCACCAUGCAGACUGGCACCCAGAUGACCAAAAUGAAGGGGAAGAAGAAAGGACUGGUCCGAUUCUUCUACCUGGACGAGCACAAGUCCUGCAUCCGGUGGCGGCCCUCCAGGAAACACGACAAAGCCAAAAUAACUAUCGAUUCCAUCCACGAAGUCUGUGAGGGGAAAAAGUCAGAAAUCUUCAGGCGCUAUGCAGACAACCGCUUUGACCCAAACUGCUGCUUCAGUAUUUACUACGGAGACCGUGUAAAGUCCCUGGACCUGGUCUCCACCAACGCAGAGGAGGCCCGCACCUGGAUCACUGGGCUGAAAUACCUCAUGGCUGGCAUCAGUGAUGAAGACAGUUUGGCCCGGAGGCAGCGCACUCGUGAUCAGUGGUUACAGCAGACUUUCUCCGAGGCCGACAAAAACGGAGAUGGCACCUUGAGCAUUGGAGAGGUUCACCAGCUGCUCCACAAACUCAAUGUGAAUCUACCCAAGCAGAAAGUCAGACAGAUGUUCCAAGAAGCAGACACAGACGAGAACCAGGGCUCUCUGGGCUUUGAAGAGUUCUGUUCGUUCUACAAGAUGAUUUCCACACGCAGAGACCUCUACCUGAUUAUGAUCUCCUACAGCAAUCAGAAAGAAGUCCUGGAUCUCCACGACCUCGCACGCUUUAUGGAAAGCGAACAGAAGAUGCGAGGUCUGUCCAAAGAGUAUCUAGCCGACAUUGUGGCCAGGUUUGAGCCAUGUCCUCAGAACCUGCAGCGUAUGGUGCUGGGUAUCGAUGGUUUCACCAACUUCAUGAGGAGCCCUGCAGGUGACAUCUUCAACCCCGAGCACAAUCAGGUGAACCAGGACAUGACGCAGCCUCUGAAUAACUACUUCAUUGCCACCUCACACAACACCUACCUGACCGGAGACCAGCUGCUCUCUCAGUCUCGAGUGGAAAUGUAUGCCUAUGUUCUCCAGGCAGGCUGUCGCUGUGUGGAAGUGGAUUGCUGGGACGGGCCUGACGGGGAGCCUAUUAUUCAUCAUGGCUACACCUUGACAUCUAAAAUCCUCUUUAGAGACGUUAUAGAGACAAUUGACAAAUAUGCCUUCACAAAAUCACCGUACCCAGUGAUCUUGUCCAUAGAGAACCACUGCACUGUGCCUCAGCAGAAAAAGAUGGCUCAGUAUCUGAAAGAGGUGCUACAGGACAAACUGGACCUGUCCAGUGUUAAUGUGCAUGAAAUCAAGAAGCUGCCUUCCCCUGAGAUCCUGAAAGGGAAAAUUUUAGUAAAGGGAAAAAAGCUGCCAGCAAACCUUGAUCCUAGUGCAGAUGAGGGCGAUGUGUCUGAUGAGGAUACUGGGGAUGAGGAAGAGGAGGAAGACGACGACGACGAUGAUGAUGAUAAUGUACAGGAGGGGAAUAUCGUCACUUCGGCCAAUCAAACCAAGAAGAAGAGACGAUUUGGCAGAUCAAUCAUCAGGAGCUUCAAACGAAAGAGGAAAAAGAGAUUCCGAGCGAAAAAUAAGGCGUCGCCUGACGGCAAGUCAGACCAGAGCAGCACCAGCAGGGAGAGGACACAAAUUGUUUAUCAUCCCAAGAAGAGGAAAACAAUGAGGUUGUCCCGCGCUCUGUCUGACCUGGUCAAGUACACAAAGUCUGUCCGUGUGCAUGACAUCGAAACACAAGCCUUUGCGAACAGUUGGCAGGUAUCAUCCCUCAACGAGACUGUCAUGAACCAGAUCUUACAGCUGAAGCCGGCGGAGUUGGUCCGUUUCAACCAGCGCCAACUUAUAAGAGUCUACCCAUCCAACUACAGAGUGGACUCAAGCAACUUUAACCCACAGCCAUACUGGAACGCAGGAUGCCACAUGGUUGCAAUGAAUUAUCAGACAGAGGGCCGCAUGCUGGAAUUGAACCGAGCCAAGUUCUCAAGCAAUGGAAACUGUGGAUAUAUUCUGAGGCCUAAGUGCUUGUGUAAAUCUGCCUUUAACCCCAUGUUGGAGGAUCCUCUGCCAGGACACAGAAAGACUCAGUUAGUGCUGAAGAUCAUCAGCGGACAGCAGCUUCCCAAACCCAAAGACUCCAUGUUUGGGGACAGAGGAGAGAUCAUCGAUCCCUUUGUUGAGGUCGAGAUAAUCGGUCUAAAUAAUGAUUGCUCCAAGCAGCAGACCAGGGUGGUGGAUGAUAACGGUUUCAACCCCAUGUGGGAGGAGACCCUCGUCUUCAACAUUCAAAUGCCGCAGAUGGCCCUAGUGCGUUUCCAAGUGUGGGAUCACGAUCCUAUUGGGCGAGAUUUCAUUGGGCAGAGGACUGUUGCCUUCAAGAGUAUGAUGCCAGGUUAUCGGCAUGUGUACCUGGAGGGGAUGGCAGAGUCAUCCAUCUUUGUUCAUGUUGCCAUCAAUGAUGUAACAGGAAAGAUCAAACCGGCAAAUGCAGUGCAGGCGGCCAGAAAACACAUAAAGAAAGCAGCCCAGAAGCACAUGAAGGGUCCUCAAAGGCAGCCUUCUCUAGACUUCUCUGUCCAGUCCUCAGAAGACGGACGUGCUCUGUUCUUCCGCAAGGAUCUGGAUACCAUUUCUCAGGACAGCAGGAAUGGAGAAAUGUUUCCUAUGGUACAAGGCCCAGCAGCCAAGGCCGCCAUCCACAAAGGGGCCAUGAGUGAGCCAGUGAGGCGAGCUCACAGAGUUAAAAUUCAUGAACCACCGGAGAUGAGGAGGGGGAUCUUCAGCCGGAUGUCUUCCACUGACUCCCACCACAUGGGGGCUGCUCCCUAUGCAAAAGCGGAUAGCUUUGACCUUGACACCUCUCCCCAGUCCUCUUGUAUCGAUGGUUUUGCUCCUGACAGCCAAAAUCCGAUUCAAGAAGAGUUGGAGAGUGAACCUGAAGAAUCACCAGAGUCAAACUGUGCUGAGCAGGAGGCAGUUCAGACAACUGAACCAAAGCAGCCUGAACAAUCUGAGGAACCACCAGAACCAGAGCCAGAUGAGGCUGUUGCCAUUGAACCUGAGCCACCGACAGAAACUCAAAGUCAUACAGAUUCACUUCCUCAGCCUCUGCCUCGGCCCAGGCCCGUGCCACAGCAUCUGCUCCAGCAUGAAGCCAUAUGCUCUCCCCUUAUCCCUCCACCGUCCCCUGCCAGGGUGAGACGGACCUUAGAGGCUCCAGCCACACCCCGACCAUCCACCCCUGUACGUACAAAGGUCCGCUCACGCAGUUGCCCUCGAAAACCGACUACCUCUCCUCAGACACCGAUGGUGAACCGCAAGUCUGCUCUCCACUGGCAGACACAGCGAACACAAAGCUACGGCAGCUACAGCGGCCAGAUAAGGCCCAUCCCCAACGGCCUCUGCCUGUCUGACAGCACAUCCAGCAGCAGCGAUGGCAGCACAGACAGCCUGGAGUUUGUGCCCCCCUGUGUGCCAGCCGGGGAAGAGCAACGUGAGGGCACCCUGCAGAGGGAGAUGAAGGCCCUCUUUGACCAGAGGAUGAGCGAGAUUCGCUGCAAAUCGCCACUUUUUCCAAAUGAUGAGAACACAGUUUAGAUUUUACAGAUGACUCCAGAGACAGCAAGGCCCUUCAGAAGACAAAGAAAAACCACAAAGAGGAGGUGUGGGAGGAAGCCAACCCAAUCAGCAGCAAAAAUGUUGGCAUUGUACAUUUCAG